AUGAACACUACAUUGGUUUUGACUCUCUUGUUCUGCGUCGGUCUGACCGUAUUCGCCAAAAGAACCCCUGAGCCUGACCCUGAGCCUACCGACGAGCCUGAGCCUGAAUUUGAUUGCGACAACUGUAUAUUAUUUACCACUGUUAUCAAGGAUUUAGUCGAAGACGGAGAAACCUUAGACGAAGUUGAAAGAGACGCAGACAGAUUAUGCGGUGUUUUACCAGGUGAUUUGAGAGAAUAUUGUGAAGAUAAUUUGCUCCCAAAAGUUGAUAGAAUCUAUGGCCAGCUACAAGAAAAUACUCCCCAGGAAGUAUGCGAAAAUUUGGACUUGUGUUAG